UUGUCUGCAUUUUUUAGCAUCUGCCAUGGAGGAAAUGAUUAAGGAGGAGAAGAAUGGUGAUAAAGGUGAAGCUUUUAGAAAACCAAGAGAUGACUUUGAAUGUGACGUCUGCGGGAAGGGAUUCAAAACCAAGUAUAAGUUUAAGAGACACAGAGAAAUCCAUGAAGAACGGAAAAAAUACAAAUGCGAAGUUUGUGGUGUGAUCUUAACAGGAGAAGGUUCAUAUAAAAAACAUUCUAGGAGACACUGCAGUCAAGGUAAGAAGCAGAGGCAAAAACAAAUUGAUGAAGAUAGACCAACAUUUGUAACAGAGACAGUGAAUGAAGCGUGUAAUAUCUCCGGGAAAGAAUUUGAUACCAAGUCUCAGUUGAAGAAUCAUGGAAAAAUUCAUACAGAUACCAAGAAAUAUGAUUGUGAAGUUUGUGGAAUCAGGCAUUGCAACAAACAUAAAAAUACAGGAAAUGAAUCUAGUGAUCAGAAGAAAGGUGCUGACAAGCAGAAGCCAGUUAUUGUAUGUAAGGUGUGUGGCCAGAUAUUCAGCAGUAUGAACUCUUUCAGAGUACAUAAAAAGAAACAUUUAGGAGUACGUUACUACUGCACAAG